AAUAAAAUUCUGUUUUCGUGUUUUACUUUCUUUUGAGUGCUGCUGUGCGGUUGGAUUAUUCCGGUUGAAUUUUUCAUGAAAAAUAGGUGAUAUUAGGAAAGUUUUAUUCAUCAUUCCAAUGCAGUAAAAUCUAAACUUUUUGAGCUUAUUUGUGGUGCCAAAAAAUAAUCAUGGUGUUCGUGACUUUCGAGAACGAGAAGAACCUUCCCCUGAACGAGGUGCUUCUGUCGUUCGACGAGGAUGGUGUGAAGCGGAAGCUUCCUGCUCUGCAUGAGAAGUGGAAGGAAUCCCGUUGCUUCACCCGGUACGCGGCCUUUCCGAUGCGGAACGGUCUCGUGGAUGAAGGUUCUUCGCUGGAGCAGUGGGUCAGCGAAACCGAGUGGUUCGUCAAGGAUUUGGAGUGGCUGCUCGGGCUGGAGCACUUCCGAUUUUGGUCUACCGUGGUCCACAACCCGGAGGCCAUCGAGGCCGUCAUCUCGUUCACGCAGAAUGCCAUCCCCUACUACUUGAUCGGAAUGGUCCGCUCGUCGGAUAAGGUGUUUCCGUUGUAUUCGGCUGCACAUCGCUGCACCCUCCAGGUUGUGUGCCGAAUGAUAACGCAAAAGGAAUCCGACCGCUGCUGGAUUGGUCGUGAAGUGCUGGGCGAACUGCUCUACAAGCACUACCUGGUGUCGAUUCCGUUGAUCUUUGACCUGCUGCCGAUCUACGGUCGCGACAACAAGGCCGUGCUUGGCCUGAUGCUUCAGACGAUAUUCAAACUGCAACCGAAGUACUUGCAGGACCUGCGGGUUGGGUUGCAGUACUUGCAAAACACCUUCAAAACCAUCCAGCAGCGUAUUGACACGGACCUAAUUGAAGGCAACCAGGCCACCUCCAGCACCCUUAACGACUUAGCCGUCUACACUUUGGACUGCUGCAGCUGUCUUGCCCUGCUCGUUGACCUCUACCCGGACGUCCGCCCAAUCUGUACCGACCUUGCCCUAGAACAAUCCAUCUCCAACUUCUACGACAACACCAUAGUUCUGCUGUACAAAAACAUCUUCGCCAUGGACAAUGCAUCGCCUUAUCUGGUCCAGCUGAAUGCGGCCCGAAUUGAAUUGCUGUCGGCUUUUCGCGGCAUUCUCAAUCUUCAACUAGAAAUGAUUCUCGAGAAGCCGGAAGCGAGUCUCGCUCCAGCUGACAAGUUUCUCUGCGUACUCACCGAGUGCCUGUCGGAUCCGAUUUUCGUACGCGACUAUCAACGCCACUAUCCGGUGGACCAGGAUCUGGAUAUCCUGAAGCAGUCGUAUCAAGGCUUGGAUCACAUCAAGCUGGAAUUUGUCCAGAAUGCCUACAGCAGUGGUGAGAACGGUUUGACUAACGGCCAUGACAGAUGUGAGUUCCCCGAAGAAGACGAAAGUUUCGGGGAAGCCGCCGGUGGUGUUGCGGAAGAGGACGAACUUGUCCCAAGUGGAACAUCCGCACAAAAAGAACUGACACCAGAGCAACAGAUUGAGACCAACGUUCAGAAAGUUCUGGAUAUUCUGCCAGAUUUGGGUGAUGGCUAUGUGCGGAAAAUCCUGACUCGGUACGACGACGUCGAGCAAGCAAUUGCUGCCGUUCUGGAAGGUAAUCUUCCACCGGAUUUGGCCGAAGCGGAUCCCACCGAGCCGUACAUCCCUCCGGACAAACUUGACAACUUCUACGUGGAAACGGGAAUUGAUCGGUUGAACAUCUACGAUGGUGACGAGUUCGAUGUAUUGGUUCACGACCAGAUCAAGGGAGUGAUGAAGAAGGGUAAGGGCAUGCCAGGACAGCCGAAGAACUUGAAGGAAAUGCUGGACGACAAGAGCCACGUGCAAGAGAUGAAGGAACGUUAUCAGGAAUAUUCGAACGUCUGCGAUGAGUACGAUGACGAAUAUGACGACAGCUACGAUGCCAUGGCUGAUAGCGAAUCGAAAACCAUUCGUCUGUCGGCGCAGAUGAGGAAUGCACUGGUGGACGAGUUGGACGAUGAGGAGGACGAGGAAGAAGAUGACGCGGAAGAUCAGGCGGGAACGGCACCUGGUGGAGGUAAGAAGCCACUCGACUUUUGCGUCAAUCCCGAGGAGCUUCGUCAACGGGCCGAGGAACGCCGACGAAGUAAGUAUCAAGCGAGGGGAGGCGGUGGACCACCGGGAGGUGGCCAGAACAGGGAUGUCGUGGGCAAGGCUAAGGGGCAGGGUCAGGAGAAGGAAGUGUUGGCAAAUCGGAAGCACAAGAAUGAGAACAAGUCCAGUCGGGCCAAUCAUAAUAGGAAACAGGGUGCAACAUUUAAGAGAAACAAAGGAAUGAUUCCGAGUUAGUGAGCUAUCAUGGAUUGUUCAGACAAAUAUUGAAGAAUAGAUAUUUCAAAUAAUUCAA